GAACGGUCAGUCCCCCGCCGCGGAGCUGAGGGAGGCCAGCGCUGCCUUCUCUGCCGCCGGGACCUGCCCAGCGACAGCGCAACACAGCCCACGUACCCCACUGAUGGAGGCAGUGUGGCAGGGUGCUGGCCCAGCAGGAUGGUGCUGGAGCUGGUGGUGUGGGCCUGCCUGGUGCUGGGCCCAGCAGGUGGGGAGAGCCCGGCAGCAGAGCCUGUGGUGGGUGCUCAGCCUUUCGCAGUGGUGUGGAACGUCCCCACCAGUCGCUGCCAGCACCACUUUGGCAUGGGGCUGCCCCUUGGCAACUAUGGAAUCGUGGAGAACCAGGAUGGCCGCUUUGCUGGCCAAAACAUGACCAUCUUCUACAAGAACAAGUUUGGCCUGUACCCCUACCUGUCGCAGCAGGGCAUACCCCACAAUGGGGGCAUCCCCCAGCGGGUCCCCCUCAGGGUCCACCUCGCCAAGGUGGCUGGGGACAUCCGUGACCUCCUGCACCCCACUUUUCAUGGCCUGGCUGUGGUGGACUGGGAGGAGUGGAGGCCUCUCUGGACCCAGAACUGGGGGAACAAGCGGAUGUACCGGGCAGCCUCAGAGCAGUGGGUGCAGGACCAGCAUGGCCUCCUGCCGCGGCGAUGGCAGCGGCGGCUGGCGCGGCGGCAGUUUGAGCGGGCAGCACAGGCUCUGAUGGAGGAGACACUGCUGCUGGGCCGGACCCUGCGCCCAGGGGGGCUCUGGGGUUUCUACCGCUUCCCUGACUGCCUCAACGGCAACUGGGCCAAGGUGGCCAACUACACCGGGCAGUGCCGUGCCGCAGACGUGCAACGCAAUGACCGCCUGCGCUGGCUCUGGGCUGCCUCGACCGCUCUCUACCCCAGCAUCUACCUGCCACCGGCGCUGCCGCCUGCCCUGCGCCAGCGCUAUGUGCACCACCGGCUGCGCGAGGCUCUGCGUGUGGCUGCCUUUGGCACCAGCGGCCUCCUGCCUGUGGUCGCCUACUCUCGCCUGUCCUUCCGCCACUCACCGCGGUUCCUGGAGCUGGCUGACCUGGUGCACACCAUUGGGGAGAGCGCAGCGCUCGGUGUGGCUGGACUGGUGCUCUGGGGAGACAUGUCAUAUUCCCGCUCAGCUGAGAGCUGUGCCAGCCUGCGCCACUACAUCAUGUCCACCCUGGGUCCCUAUGUGGCCAAUGUGACGGCAGUAGCCCGGGAGUGCAGCUACAGGCAGUGCCAUGGCCACGGGCGCUGUGUGCGCCGGCAGCCCCAUGACCUGGGCAGCCUCCUGCUCCUUGGCCCUGGUGCGAACCCACUGGGCUCCUUCCGCUGCCACUGCUACCGUGGGUGGGCUGGCAAGGGCUGUAACCAACGUGUCCAUUCCAGCCCUGCCACCUCCUGCCCAGCGCUCACUCGUGUUCAUGGCCUCUACAGGCACAAUGAGCUCCCAGCCUCUGACACCUGCCUGCUGCAGGGCACAUGGGGCUGGUGACAAGGGUAGGGACCUCAGUGGUCCCCUGCCCCAGCAGUGCUGCUGCCUCCUGCUUUUUAUGAAUGUUAUUAAUGUAAAUAAAUCCUCC